AUGAAAAUUAAUAUAGGAAAGAAAUCCUUACAAUAGCAUUGUUCCUUUCAUCUUAAAUACUGCAUGGUAAUCUUUGGUUAUACUCUUAGGGCCAUAUUUUCAAUAAUACUUACCUUAAAAAGUAUUGGAAAAUCAAAUGAUUUAUUCUUAUAUUACAAAAUUUAAGGAAGCUUUAAUGAAAUCCUUUUUAAAUUAAAUCAAGGUAUAUUAUUUUAAUAUUUAUAGAUCUUGAGGGUAUUCUAAUAAAAAUGCUUAUAAACUAUUUAUGGAUUUAUUCUGUAAUAUUCGCAUUUAAUAUUACUUUUUCGUUUUAGUUUAACUUUGUUGAAUAAGCCAGUAAUUAAUCUUAUUCAAUGGCUAAUAAUUUAGAUUGCUAUUUAUCUCAAUCAGUAGAUAUUGAGUUAAUCUAUUCAAAAAUUAUCUCAAUUUUGAUACUGAUGUUAAUGCAAGUCCUGAUAAUAACUUUUGGAUUGAUCAUAUUUUCAAAUCUCAUUCAUUCAAAUUUAAAUUAAAUAACAAUUCAAAUACAUUACUUUGUUUAUAUAUUUUCACUUACGCAGGAUGUAUCAAAAUGUAUAAUUUAUUUCAAAUUAGGUUAUGUUCACUGGUUUCAUAUAGAGAAAUAUCCAAUUUAUCAUAUAUAUCAGGAGAUCUAACAUUAAAAUUUAAUACAGAAACUCAUUUUUAAUGGCUUAUGUAUUUGGUCCUUCCUGGAUUGAUUAUCUUUGGUUGUUUAAUUCCUCUGUCAUUGUUUUUGUUAAUGUAUUUUCAUAGAAAAGGAUUGGAUAACUACUACAUUUUCAGACCUCAUGUUUGUUAUCUUUAAAAUGAAUAUGUAAAAGAAAGCUAUUACUGGGAAUAAAUAAAAUUGAGUAAAAGAGCUAUUAUGAUUCUGAUUUUGACAUAUUUUGAGACUAAAAUACAUUUGAAAGCUUCCUUAAUAGGUUUGAGCCUAAUUAUUUACUAACUACUAGGCAUUAACAAAAAGCCCUACAUUAUAACAAAAUUCAAUAAGUUUGACUUAUAGUCAGGCUAAAUAUGUUCAAUAUCAAUAUUUUUAUCCGCUAUUAAAUAUGAGAGCGAAUAGCUAAAUAAUAUAGGGAUAUCUCUCGCAUUCUAAACAUGUUUGAUGGUACUUUUUCUUAUUAUAACUUUUCCAUUUAUUGAAAGUAUAGUAAAAAUUUAUUACAAAAAAUAUAAGUUGGCUAUCAUGAAAUCGGUAAAUUCAAUUUUCAAAUAUUUGAAAUUAACAAAUCUAUCAAAUCAAUUUGUUGUUAAAAUAGAUGAAAAAUAUAAAAAAGAAUAAAGGAUUAAAGAUAUUUUCUUAAAAUUAAGAAAAUUCCUUUUGACUGUUUCUAAAAUAUAAAUAAAAAAUAGACCGUAAUUAUUGAAAUAUUUUUAGUUCUAUUCAAACUAUUAGCUCAAUUCACAAUUAUUAGCAUAAAUUAUUAAGUCGAGAAAUGCAAAGUUAGUCAAUAUUAUUCUCUGGAUAGAGAUAGGAUAGAGAUAGGAUUGA